AUGGCUACUCGAGAGAACGAAAGACCCGCGAAAAAGAAAGAUUCGAUGAAAUAUCCGGUGAUGCAGAAGAUUGACAACCUCAUUCCGAAUCCGACCAAACCGGAGAACAGUUACAACAUUCGUAUAUCCAACAAAAUCAACGGUGGCUCUUUUGGUAGUAUUCAUAAAGUUAAGGCCAUUGUCGAAGGAAAAAAGGUCGAUGUAAUGGUGAAAAUCGAGGCUUCUGAUCACCCCAAUCCGCAGCUCCAGCAAGAGCACAUUGUCUAUUCUGUUCUGAGAGGGACGCUCGGAUUCGGCUCGAUUGUUGAAGGUCUUGGAACUCACCUUUCGAGGGAUAUUUGUUUGGAAACAGCCGAUGGAGAGAAAGCCGAAUUCAACAUGUUGUUUCUAACGCGUCUCGGGAUCGACCUGGCGACGAUUCACAAGAGGAUGAAGCUCAUUAAGAAUCCACCUGACGGGCUGCACAGAAUGAACAAACAUACUGUUCUCAACGCUGCAUCUCAAAUGUUCGAUGUCAUUCAAUUGCUGCACAACGCCCAUUUCAUCCACAGAGACAUAAAGCUUUCUAACUUCAUGAUGGGCAUCGGAAUCGACAGGCACAACGUCCAUCUAAUUGACUUCGGCUUGUCAAAGCAAUACAAGGACCUUUCUGGGAACCAUAUGGAAACGGGCAAGAGAAACUUGCACAUUGGUACAACGGCAUUCCAGUCUGCGUUUGUCCUCGCUCGCCAUAUCCCAACCCGUCGGGACGAUUUGAUCUCGACCAUGUAUUGCAUUCUCCAACUGAUCCUGGGCGCUCUUCCAUGGGACAUCGAAUGGAAAGCGAAAAAGGAGAGCCUUCUCAAAAACAGCUCCUCUCCCCGUGAUAAGAUCUACGAUGACUUCUGCUUCAAGAUGAAGCGAUUGCCGGGCAAAGAUCUGUUCACGCGCUUUGGGAUCUACGAUGACUACAAGGAGUUUUCCGAGAUCUACGAGUACUUCCAGUCGCUUGCGCCAGCGGAGGAUCCGAACUGGGAUUUCAUCGACGGAAAAGUCAGCGAUUGCGGAAGGCGCCACUGGGGCUGGUUCGACUGGUUUGAGUGGCUAGAAGAAGGCAAUCGAACUCCCGAGAAUCCAAAGCACAAUUACUACGAGGAUCUCAUCGACGAGUUCAACAAAAACUACGGCAGAGCGUCUUAA